AAAGCCUGAGCCAAUUAAAUCAGCCAUGCUUACAAGCGCACCACCUUAAUGCUAGACCACAGUCUACAAACUGUGUUGUUUUUUAAAAUGCUAAGAAUUCCAUUAGCCAAAUAUCUGGAUUCUUUCACCUUGUGAAAGAUAAAAGCCCGUCGGUAAUGUGUCUCCUAUAAAAAAAUAGAAUCCGCUCGUCAAACCUAUGCUGAGGGGUAGGCCAUGUUUAAAUCCUUGAAAAGAUAUUUCCAAAUGCCAUAUAUGCAGAAUGGUCAGCUGCUUCUCCUCCAAUAUAUCUCUAUUACUCACACUAACAAGAUCUAUAGAAACCCAUAAAUGGCUUCUUGGUUGGUCCUAAUGAGAGCCUGGAAUCUAGGCCCUCUGUCAUCUCCUCCAAUAUAUCUCUUUUACUCACACUAACAGAUAUGUAGAAACCCAUCUAUGGCUUCCUAUUUAGUUUUAUAUGAAAGCCUGGAAUCUAGACUCUCUGUCAUUAAUUUGUAUUGUACAUAGUCCAUUGAUUUCCUGCAGUGAUUAAGUGGGUAGUAUAGAGAGAAUACAGUGUCUGGCUUAUCAAGAAGCCAGGUAUUUCAGGAUUGAAUGAAGUUGGUCUUACAUGGUAGAAGAGGAUGCAGGUUUCCAUGGUUUAUUCUGCAGUCACUAAACCAGGGGAUCGGGAGAAGGAAGAUAAUAAUAUAGAAUGCCAUGACAAAGAUGGAAAUCGAAUGGGAUGUAUACCAACAAGCUCUUUGGAACUUGAAGGCCCAUUCACCUAUGAUUCCAUAAUGGUCUCCCAUGAAACAAAAAAAUCUGUAUAUAGUGUUCUAUCAUCAAAUGCUUCAUGUGACUGGAGAAGCCAUUCAAUGUCAAGCUUUCCGUCAGAAUUGAGCUUAUGCUCAACUCCCUCCCUCAGAUUCCUAGACACGGGAUCACAAAAUUAUGAAAGGAAUACUCAUGGAUGCAUUUCAGCUAUCAAGGGCUAUGGUGGUGGUGUGGGCAUAUUUUCCUUGGCUUUAAAAUGUUGUAAUGUUCUCUAUAGUGGAUCCUAUGGCAUUCAAGCGUGGCAUCAUGAUGCACAGAACCCUGCAAAACAAAGAUGCACCUUCGGUUCUGGAGCUGUGAAGGCCAUCAGUUUUGCUGGUGAUAAACUAUUGAGUGCACAUGAGGACCAUAAAAUCAGAAUCUGGAAAUUGUCUGAGGAUCGCCAUCCUAAACUUAUCUGUUCGCUGCCCACAGUGAAAGACUACCUGAGGAACUGCAUAAAGCCUGGGAGUUAUGUUAAAGUCAGGAGGCAUAAAACAUGUUUGUGGAUACAACACAUUGAUACAAUAUCUUCUCUUGCUACAACAAAAGAUGGCCUAUUGUAUUCUGCUUCAUGGGAUAAAACAGUGAAGGUGUGGAGGCUAUCAGAUUCAGUCUGCAUAGAAUCAUUCCCAGCCCAUGUAGAUGCCAUAAAUUCAAUUGUGACCUCAGAUGAUGGCAUCCUCUACACUGCUUCUGCUGAUUCCAAGAUUAAAGUAUGGAAAAAAUGCUGCAGUGGACUAAGGACCAAACAUACCAUGAUCAGAGUAUUGGAGAAACACAAGUCUGCAAUUAAUGCUCUUGCACUUAGCUCUGAUGGUUCAGUUCUGUAUUCAGGAGGUUGUGAUAGAGAUAUCAUUGUUUGGGAGAAGCGAAGGAUAGAUGUAAAUGGAUAUGCAGAUGAUGACGAGCAUAUUAUGCAUGCUGUUAGUUUGCUCAGUGGUCACAUGCAGGCCAUCUUGUGCCUGGCUACUGUUAAAUCGGAUUUGGUUUGUAGUGGGUCUGCUGAUAAGACCGUCAGAAUCUGGAGGAGGGGAGUAGGUGAGUGUCAGAGCUGUUGCAUAGCCGUUUUGAAAGGCCAUAACAGUCCUGUCAAGUCUAUUACUGCAUGUUAUGAUGAUUUCGUAGGCUGUGUUACAUUUAGUGGAAGCCUAGAUGGAGAAAUAAGGGUAUGGUUAGGGCAUGGUCAUCUUAGGCUGCUUAAUUUGGAGGGCUUGUGACUUUUAUCCACCAUUAUGCUGAGGUAAGUGCUGUAAAGCGUGUGUGAUCCAGCUUUGAAAGGAGUCCGAGUACAAAAUUAUGAAUUCCAUACUGGACUGGAAGCAAAUCUUAUUGUACCUUUUUUUGGAUUUCCUUGAUUUGUGAUUGUUACCUUUGUAAUGUGUUUCUUAAUCAUAUAGGAUUUGGCUUACUGUGUGGUUAUAUUUCUUGGGUACUAAGAUCACUCACCGGCAUUCCCAACAGUAAGCGAUGCCCGGUGCCUUAAAGUUGUAAUCAAUAGCUAUUGACACACUAAUGAGCUUGUCUAUAUGGAUUUUUUUCCACGUUAUUAACUCCACUGUUCCUCUCUUAAGCAA